AUGGUGUCAUUGUUAAGGUAUGCUCUUCAAAUCCCAAAUCUCUCUCCUUAUUGUGUUCUCCACUCCGCUCUCCGUCUUUGCUUCCCUUCAACUUCAUCCCUACACUCUCACUCUCAGCCCCAAUCGCUUGACGAAGCUGUUGAUUCCUUCACUCGCAUGCUUUCUAAGCGUCACCCUUCAUCCAUCAUUCAAUUCACCAAGAUUUUGGGAUCUCUUGCCAAGACCAACCAUUUCCCCACCGCCAUUUCCCUUUUUCAGCAAUUGCAAGCCAGGGGAAUUGCUCCCAACUUAUUUACUUUGAAUAUCUUAAUCAAUUGUUGCUGCGGCAUGGGUCGGAUCACUCUCGCUUUCUCUGUAUUCGCCAAGAUUCUCAAGAUGAAUUUUCAGCCUGAUACCAUAACAUUGACUACCCUCAUUAAAGGUCUCUUCCUCUGUGGUAAGGUUGAAAAAGCACUGCACCUUCACGACACAAUGCUGGCUCAAGGAUUUCAGUUUAAUCAAGUCACUUAUGGGACGUUGAUCAAUGGGCUCUGUAAGACCGGACACACAUCAGCUGCUAUUCAAGUGCUGAGGAAGAUCCCACGGCAUGGGAUUGUUCCUAAUGUCGUCAUGUACAACGCAAUUAUUGAUAGCCUCUGCAAGGUUACACUUGUAAGUGAUGCUUUUCAUUUAUACUCUGAAAUGCUUGCUAAGGGAAUUUCUCCCGAUGUUAUCACAUACAGUUCUCUCAUUUUUGGAUUGUGUCUUGUGGGUCAAUUUAAGGAAGCCAUUGAUUUGCUAAGUGAUAUGGUGCUUAAAAACAUUACUCCUAAUGUUUAUACUUAUAAUACUUUGAUUGAUGGGCUAUGCAAGGAAGGAAAGAUCAAAGAUGCUAAGAGUGUGUUGGCUGUAAUGGCAAAAGAUGGUGUGAAACCAGAUGUGGUUACUUAUAACAGCUUAAUGGAUGGAUAUUGUUUGGUUAAUCAGGUAAAUAAGGCAAAAUAUGUAUUCAACACAAUGCCCCUAAGUGGAGUGUCACUUGAUGUUCAGAGUUACAGUAUCAUGAUUAAUGGCUUGUGCAAAAGUAAAAUGAUUGAUGCAGCCUUGAAUCUCUUUGAAGAAAUGCGUAGUAAGUACUUGGUUCCAAAUACGGUAACUUACACCACUAUUAUUGAUGGCUUGAGCAAAUCAAAGAGGAUCAAUUGUGCUGUGGAGCUUUUUGAAAAGAUGCAUGAUAGAGGUCAACCUGCUGACAUAGUCACUUACACUUCCUUGUUGGAUGGGAUGUUCAAUGCCAAACAACUUGACAAGGCACUUAUGUUAUUCAAUCGAAUGAAAGAGAGUUGCAUUGAUCCAAAUAUAGAUACAUACAACGUACUUAUAGAUGGCCUGUGCAAAAGUGGAAAAUUUGAAAAUGCAAAAGAGAUUUUUCAAGAUCUUUCCAUUAAAGGCUAUCAUUUGAACACAAGAACAUACACUAUUAUGAUAAACGGGCUCUGCAAUGAGGGCCUACUUGAUGAAGCAUUGGCUUUAAUGUCUGAAAUGGAAGACCAUGGUUGCUCUCCGGAUGCUGUAACUUAUGAAAUAAUUAUUCGUGCUCUGAUGGAAAAAGUCUCUUUUCGAUUUCGUAGACAUUCAUGGAGCAGUGAAGCCUGGCACCUAUAGAGUUGUGACUUGUGAGUGUUUCUUUUUCUAUAUUUUCAUUCACUUAUUUAUGCCAUGGG